AUUGUUUCAGUGACUGCCACCUACUUUUGGAUUUGCACGGAGCCUUUUUGAUUUGACAUUUUCUUCUAUUUGUAAACUCUUGACAGAUCGAUCAACAUUAAUUAAACCACCAUGCGUAGUUUAGGGAUCUUAGAGCAAAAACUGUCUACCGUUACUAACUCUGAGAUUCAGGGUCAUGCUUUUAUCGCUCCUGAUCCCGAAUCCUCAACAGUAUAUGUAGCAUUCGUCGAUUCAGAUUCUCAAGUUCGAGUGGCGGCCAGUGGGUUAAUACCUGGCGAGCCUUCAGCUUUUGCAGAAAUUGGCCGUUGCCAUGGUUCAGCUAUUGUCAACUUUACGUAUAUUGCUGAUCUUCAAGUUGUUUGUUUGGCAACUAUCGAAGGUGAUAUAGUUCACUUCAGUAAAGAACGUUUUGAAAGCGAGGCUGAAGCUAUGGAAAUUAUGGGCUCAGUUGAUGCUGGUAUUCAUGCUAUGUGCUGGAGUCCUGAUCAAGAUUUAGUUGUGUUGGUUACGGGCGAAAAGAAAGUUUUGGAAAUGACACAAGAGUACGAUCCUAUCACCGAAUUCGAGCUUCAUGUUCAAGAGCAAGGUGAAGGUGUCCAGCACAGUGUUGGAUGGGGUAAAAAGGAAACACAAUUUCACGGAUCUGGUCAAAGAGCAAAGUUGAAAGAAAAGGUGGACACAACAAAAUUCACAACUUCAGACGAUGAUGACCAGAAACCACGCGUCGCUUGGAGAGGUGAUGGCAGUUUCUUCACAAUUUCAGAUGUUGACCCACAGAAAGUUGCACGUGUGAUACGUAUCUAUAAUCGUGAAGGCAUCCUACAAAAUACGAGUGAGCCUGUGGACAGAUUAGAACAUGCUCUGGAUUGGCGACCAUCUGGUAAUUUGAUUGUAGCAAGUCAACGCUUGCCUCACCGUCACGAUAUUGUGUUUUUUGAAAGAAACGGACUACGACACGGUGAAUUUGCUUUAAGAGAACAAGAAAACAUAAAGCAAAAAGUAUUGGAAGUGAAGUGGAAUGCAGACUCAACAAUUCUAGCUGUCUGGAUCGAGGAAGAAGGCCAGAAGUCUGUUCAAUUAUGGACAUCAAAGAAUUACCAUUGGUACUUAAAGCAGCAUCUUAUUCUUUCCAAGAAGAGGGAUGUCAUUGCGUUUUCAUGGGAUGUCGAAAAUCCUUUGCUUGCUCAUAUGGUUACCAGCGAUGGUCAGUAUGAACGACUCACCUUUACUUUGGAAGCUUACUGCAGUACUUCUAUUGAUGAAGCGAACCCUGGAUACGUAGCAGUUAUUGAUGGAUCGGAGUUGCUCUUGACACCCUUCAGUUAUAUGAAUGUUCCCCCACCUAUGAGUGCGCUCAACAUUAGUACUAAUGGAAAUAUCCAAUAUGUCACAUUCGGACCCGAAUCAAACGGAUUAAAUGUUGCUGUUAUCACAACCGAAAAAAUUCAAUUAUAUAGUCUUCCUGAAAGGGGUGUUGGUAGCGUGUCAUUGUUAGGUGAAUUUGAACUGCCUGAAAUCACCAACAACAACGAAUCUUACGCCAAAAAUGCUAUUCGACAAUUAUGUUGGAUUAGUGAAGAUAAAUUCGCUUACUGCCAAUUUGAUGAAGAUUUGCAAGCUGAUAUUCUUUGUAUUGCUAACUUCAGUCUUGGCGACAAAAACAUGACAAUCACUACCGCACCUCUUGAUGGUCAAUGUGGACGCAUAUAUUUUAACGCUACCUAUAAGGACCUUUUAUUGGAAAUGGUCGAUGGAUCAGUGUAUAACAUUGAUAUUGUUGAAGGAGCGCCUGUUAUCAGCCAAAUUCAAAUAUUCGCUGACUUUUGCCCUUGGAUUGCCACUUGCCGUGUUGGUAUCGAAAAAGAGACUUCAGAACGAACCAUUAUUGGUUUAACUGAUCGUAGCAAGCUUUACGUCAAUACCAAACUUAUUUCGUCCGAAGCUACCUCAUUCUUUUUACGUAGUAAUUGGUUAGUCUUUUCAACAACUAGUCAUACAGCGAGAUUUGUGGCUUUAGAUAGAUGUAGCCUGGAUAAUCUGAAACUCACAGAUGAAGCAAACGAUCCUUACGAUGAAACUUCCAGACGCCUUGAACGUGGCUCUAAAAUCGUCAUUGCCACUCAACAUAAGCCGAACUUAGUUUUGCAAAUGCCACGUGGUAACCUUGAAACCAUCAAUCCUCGCGCUUUUGUCUUGGCAACUAUUCGUGAAGAUUUAGAAGCACUCGAUUACCGCUCUGCUUUCAUUGCUUGUAGAAAAAAUCGAAUUGAUCUAAACAUUUUGUAUGAUACUAAUCCCGAACGCUUUGUUGAAAACAUCCGUACCUUUAUUCAACAGGUACCAGAAGUCGAUUAUUUGAAUUUGUUUUUAUCAAAUCUCCGAAAUGAAGACACAACCGUUACAAUGUACCAUAGCGGUGAGCGACCUUCUGUUGGCGAAUCUUCAGCCGCGAACAUUGAUAACAAGGUUAAUAGCAUUUGUGGAGCCGUUAGAGAUGUUCUUUUCGAACUAGGUCGCGACUAUUAUAUUCAGUCUAUUUUGUCCACUUAUGUCAGAAGUUCUCCGCCCGACCUUGAAUCUGCCAUGUCUUUAUUGUCAGACAUCCGUCAAUCAGAUAUUCAAGCUGCUGAAGAUGCUUUGAAAUAUACAAUCUUUUUGUGCAAGGCUGAUUUACUCUAUAACGUUGCUUUGGGCAUGUAUGAUUUCCCCCUUACUUUGAUGGUCGCACAACAAGCUCAAAUGGAUCCUAAGGAAUACCUUCCGUUCUUACAAGAGCUCAAAAGCUUCGCUAAGUAUUAUCAGCGCUAUAAGAUUGAUGAUCAUCUCAAGCGAUACGAGAAGGCUUUAAAGAAUCUGUGCUUAGCCGGCGACGAGCAUUUCGAUGAGUUACUUGAAUACAUGCAAAAGCAUUCUCUUUACCAUGUUGCGAUUGAAGAGUUCGCUAACAAAAAGAAGCAAAAAUUGAUCAUUCUUGAUACUUAUGGUGGACAUUUGGAUUUCAAAACAAAAUAUGAGGAAGCGGGUAUAGUUUACACUAUGGCUGGUAAUUUGGAAAAAGCUUUAGAGUCUUAUCGUAUGGCCGGAUGUUGGAGAGAAGCCUUUUCCAUAAUCAAACAAUUAAGGUUCUCAGUCGAGGAAAUACAUAACCUAGCUUAUGAUAUGAUUGAGCAUCUAAAAGAAAAACGUCGAUAUCAAGAAGCUGCUAUGGUUGCUAAAGAUUAUUGUAACGAUACUGAAGAGGCUGUCGAUUGUCUUUUAAAAGGUAGUGCAUGGAAGGAAGCUGAACGUAUGUGCUAUAAUUUUGAUCGCCCCGAUCUUAUCGAAACGCACGUCAAGCCUGGUCUUGUCGAAGGUUAUACUCAAAUGGACGAUGAUAUUGACGAAAUGAUGGCACAAUUCCAUAAACAAAGUGCUCGCCUUGUGGAGCUUCGUACGAAGAAACCGGAGCAGGUGGCUAACAAUCCCAUGGCAAAUGAUGAAUCCUUGGAUAAUAUCGAUAUGUUCUCCGAUACAACGUCCAUGUACAGCCAGUUUACAAGAUAUACGAGCGCAUCAUCGAGAGUGUCUACAGUGACGUCUCAAGGCACAUCGAGCUCUAGAAAAACUUCCAAAUUAAGAAAGAAAGAAGAGCGAAAGAGAGCUCGUGGAAAGAAGGGCACGGUGUAUGAAGAAGAAUAUAUUGUCAACUCCAUCAAGAAGUUGAUUGAGAAAGCCAGUAAUAUGCAAAGUGAACUGGGCAGCUUGAUCCGAGCUCUUGUACCCUUCGAUUAUGUAGAAGAAGCGCGGGCAAUCCAAGAAAAAUUCGACAAAUUUUUGAAGGAACUUCAAGACUGUAUGGACACUGUUUUUGUCCCGCUACAGCUUGUAGUCCACAUGUAUGCUACUAUGGAAGAACUUGAGGAAGCGAGGAACAAUCCCAAGACGAUCGAAAAACCUACCAUUGCUAAAGUUGAAUGGAAACUGAACUUAUUGUAGUUACAAAUUAUUCUAGUUAAAAAGUUUUCCCCUUACUCUUCUUAUUCUCAUAUUCUCUUCAGUGUAAAGUCGCCCUUCCUUUGUUAUCAAUCUGAUUUCUCUUACUAUAGAAUAGAAUUAAGAAUGUGAAAAUUUUUUUAUGUUCAGUUCGUGUGGGGGGAUAUUACCUUUUCGCAAUACCAACAAUAUCAGCAAUUGAGAGGCAUACAAGCUCGAUUCUGCUAGCAAUUUGCAAAUAGCCAUCCGCCAAACUUGUUAAAUAAUAGAUACGAUUAUAAUAAAUAAAUCU